AUGGCGCCGAUAGAUACCAGAGUCAAUCACGAUGCCAUUGAGCAGCAGCUCAAGGACAUUAUCCAGGACCUGUACCAGAUCAUGGUGCAGGUUUCUACAUACGACUCCAUGGGUCGCCCUAGCAAAGACGUCCUGUCCAACGAAAUGACGACCCUCUCCCGCUCCCUCCAGACGCUGCACACGAGCGCCUCGGCGCCCGACGCGCUGCCCUCGGUGCCGCCCGAGCUCAUCGAGUACGUCGAGAACGGGCGCAACCCCGACAUUUACACGCGCGAGUUUGUCGAGCUCGUUCGCCGCGGCAACCAGCUCAUGUCGGGCAAGAUGCGCGCCUUUGGCGCCUUUCGCGAUGUCCUCGCCCGCAACGUGGCCACCGCCAUGCCUGAGCUGCGCGAUGACGUCGUCCAAGUCGUCGAGGCCACGGGCGGCACCCGCGUGGCCGUCGCACUGAAUUCCACGUCCAACACGACGCCGGCAGCACCACCGGCGGCGGCGGACCCGGGCAGCGGCACUACUGCUGCUGCUGCUGCUGCUGCUGCUGCUGCUGCUGCUGCUGCUGCGCCGGGAGCUCCAGACGGCGCCGCUACGACUCUGGGCUAG